UUCGCGGGAAGUCUGAAAACAAGCAGGGGCAGGCGGGCAGCAGCAGGGAGUAAAUUUCUCAAACCCACCAUCUGGGUGAGCCCCAGCAGGGUGGUGGCCCUCGGGGGAAAUGUCACCAUCCGCUGUGAGGGUCGGCAACGAUCCAUGGAGUUCUUUCUGCGUAAAGCUGGACACCCGAACCAGCAGGUGCGGACGAUGCCUAAUGGGACCGUGGCUGAAUUUCCCAUUACCAGUGUUGGCCAGGAAGAUGGAGGGAACUACACCUGCGACUAUCGCUCCAUAGUGGAUCAGAGUCACUCAUCACAUCCCAGCGACCCCGUCAAGAUCAUUGUGGGAGAGCCCAGCUACCCCAAACCCAACAUCUCUGUGAGCCUGGGGGGAGCUGUGGUCGUCCGGUGUUGGGGGCAGCACCAGGAUGUCCGGUUUGUGCUGAAUAAAGAGGGACGCCAUUUCCCACCUCUGGAUUCGGAUGGGUUUGAGGCUGUGUUUUCCAGCAGCAACGUUCACCGGGAUCACGGCGGGAGAUACAGCUGCUCCUAUCACAGCCGAUCGGAGCCGUUCGCCGUGUCGUACCCCAGCAACCAAGUGGAGCUGGUGUUGAGAGACCCUGCCAUGCCAGGUGCCAGAGACCAGCCCAUGAGUCACUCUGUGCUGCGGGGCCCGGACGCAGUGAAUGAGGCAGGGGCCACACAUGGCAUAUGA